AUGGGUUACUUGAUCGGGUUCACGACUUUUCGCACGAGUCACAAUGGCAACUUAGCCCUCGCUGGUUCUGUUUCCGCGGGACUUGUUCUCCUUUACUUGACACACUGCAUUCUGGCAGCUAUUUAUCAACUCUUCUUCUCUCCUUUGCGUCAUAUCAAAGGACCAAGGCUAUGGAUCGCAUUCCCUGUUUUCCAGCAUAUUACGUUCCUCAGAGGCAAUCUCGACUCAACUUUACUCCGACUUCAUCAACACUAUGGUCACGCCGUGCGAAUCGGGCCUAACGAGAUAAGCUUCAACAAUGCCAAAGCUUGGGACGAUAUAUACGGUCACGGCAAGAAUCUGCCAAAAGCAUCCUUCUUCGAUGCGCCCAAGGGCCUGCCGGAACAUCUCAUCUCUGCCAACUCUGCAGACCAUACAAGAUACAGGAAAGCUAUGUCUAACGGCUUCUCGGAAAGUUCCAUCCGGUUACAGGAGCCGCUGAUAAAAGUGCAUUCUGACCUCUUCCUGGCACGACUGCGCGACCUGGCGAUCUCGAACCAACGGAUAGACAUGGUCAAAUGGCUCCACCUCGUCACUUUUGACUUGAUCGGUGACCUGGCUUUCGGUCAAUCGUUUGGAUGUCUGGAAAGUUCGGACGAAGGCGGCUUCGUUCGCAACAUGUUCUACUUCAUCAAAGCAGGGGCAUGGCUGCGUGUGGCGAGUAGCUACCCGCUACUCAAGUGGCUCUUCAGAAUCACGACUCCCAAGCAUCUGAUCGAAGCACACAAUGCACAGUUGGAGCUAGCAAAGAAUACAACCACGAAGAGGAUGAACAAUGCAGAUCAACAAGGUCGUGGCGACUUUCUGGAUGCCAUGGUUAAGAAGCGCAAUCAGCCAGGCGGUCUCAAUGAUCUAGAGAUCAUUGUCAAUGCAAACAUCCUUAUCAGCGCUGGUGCGGAGACUUCAGCUACCACGAUGGCUGGCACGCUAUUUUGGCUUCUGAAAAAUCCCAAGGUAAUGGCUAAGGUACAGCACGAAGUCAGGACCACGUUCAAGAGCCAAGACGAAAUCAACUUCAUCACAUCGACAUCCAAACUUCCAUUCAUGAUAUCUUGCAUCACAGAAGCGAUGCGACGCUUUCCGCCCCUGCCAAUCACCCUUCCCAGAAAAACUCCAGAGAACCAACGGACCGUAGUAUCUGGACAUGAAUUGCCACCAAAUGUGAGCCUAUCGUUGCAUGCAGUCAUUUCCAUCGAGCUGAUCUAA